GAUGGAUUAUUAUGAUGUUAGUAACUCUUAAUUUUAUUUGUUUCUUUUGUUGCAAAUGACCUAGCUUGAGAGAGUUAUACCUGUGAUGUCAGGCAUGUUACCAUCACAUCAUUGGACCACUGUUCUCAUAGUCCUUGCUGCCUUGAUAACUUAUGCCUGUGGAUCAUGUAGCUGGCACAUAGACGUCGUUCGAUCAGAGUUCCCGUACCUCUUUGAACCAAUAGUUCAAAACAAACUGAAUUAUAUUGUAGUGAAUCUCGAGGACGUGACCGUAGGGAGCCUUCCAGAGGAGGUAGAACCAUGUAUGUACCCAUAUUUUGUGCAAGUACAAGUCGAGUGCGAUGAGAUCUCCAGCUCCAGUACAAUAGAGGCUUUACUGUCGGCGGGAUCCUACCCAAGAAUCACCAUAUCGUUUGGCGCCCUCCAAGACCAGAGUCUCUCGUAUCACACCUGGACCGAUUAUGUCUUUGAGGGUGCACUUCUAGACAUGGAGCCAGACUGCAAUGUUGGAUUCUGCCGACCCGUGUGGCUAGUUCCGUUGCCUACCAAUGAAAAGUACCUGAUAAUCCAUGUCAGUGUAGAAACUGUAGGUGUCGUCAAAGCAGUCUCCAUGUCUAGACGGAUGAUAACAUUAGACGGUUACAGCCAGCGUGUAUCUGCAAACUCUUCAUAUGUCCACAGUAGAAUAGGAGCUGAUACGGAUCUAUCCGGGUUGGGACUCUUUGAGAACGAGACCCACCAGGUCCUUCCAGUUCACACAGUCAGGGGGAUCACACCUAUCCAAGCUAUGGCAGGGUUCGUGAGAAGACCGGUGGCUCUGAUCAGCUCAGACUUCUUCCAGCAUUACAGGGCAGUAGAAAUUGACCUUGGUGAUUCGGCACCCCACUGUCUAUCAGGACCACCCAUCAAAGAAGCUGCUACCUUCCCUGACAAGAUCAUCCUCAGCACGGCUUGGGGACUAUUUGAGAUGUUUGCAGACAACUACGCCACCACUGAUGAGGUAGAGGUCGGCGUCUAUCGUCGCAUCGAACUUGAUCAGUGUAUCCACCAUCUCGUAGUGCCCUCGCACGGUAGACAAGGGCCAAGGUUUCUGUCUGUUGGGCAGGAUGGCAAGAAGCUUUAUAUGUCGAAUCUGGAAUUUGGUGUUCCUACACAAUUGGAAGAGUUGGUGGAUUUCAGUGGAAACAGUGCAUGUGAUCACAUUGGUCAGUCAUCUUGUACCAUCAUUGAUGCUGCAUUUGGUAAUGUUGAUAUGGAGGCUACCUAUGUCUUGGUAAAGACUGCUGGUCAGCAAAUCGUAACGCAUUAUCAUUUACUCAAACUGAAUGGGCAUGGCCAGUGGGAUAUGAUAACAUCACUGGAAGCAAACCUCACCAUUCCACAUGCCGUCUCUGGAAUAGACAGGGACUUGAUAAAUGUCAGUGGACUAGGAAGAUGCGACACUCGUCUCAAAGAAGACGCUACGUGUAUGACUCUUGGUCUAACUGGAUUAACCUUCAGUGGCUAUGUCUCUAAGCACCUCUUCUUUUGGGGAAACAGCAUUUUGCACAGCCCUGACAAUGGAAAGACUGUAUUUGUCCUGCUGGAGUACACAUCUCAGGCUGCAAUCUCACUCUUUGUGGUUGGCAAAGAUCCUUCCUUUGCUUUACUCAACACACACCAAGAGAUCUGGUAUGGUGAGAUUGGGGACAACGUUUAUCUUAAGAAGCUGAGACCAUCCCCAGGCUGGGGUCGCAUGCUUCGACUCACGGGCCAACAACUAGAGGACCCCUCCUUGGAUUCCGUCACAGUCUCCAUCUACUUUGAUUCUUGGGGUACACUCUAUGAGUUCAUUGCAUAUGGAAGCUCAAACCAGACCAAAUUAAGAAGAAGGAGAAUAGAUCAGGGUGAAAUUCUUGCAAACAGUGUGUACUCGUUCGCCAUGGAAGAACUACAACAUGAACAUGAAGGAGGAGACCAUGGAGGAGAGGAGAUGAUAUAUCUACCGAGUGUGUCACCUCUGCUAGACUACGAAUGCCCUUACAGUCAAGUCAACUUUGAAAACCUUAGAAGCAUUCCGUUUGAGCGAAGGGAAAGGUAUUUUCUUAGCGCACCCCAAUUAGCAGAGAGCGACAAGCAUACAGAGAAAUCGCUGAUGAUCUACCAAGUUAUCGUGCAUCAUCUAUUGAGUGAGAAAGAAGAUCUUCAGACAAUCAAAGACAAUGAAAUUGCGGAAGUCACUCACAACCCCUUUCGCAAGUGGUACGGAGAAAUGGACACUUUACGCUACUUUUAUCAGUAUCUUUUCCAAAAUAAGAACUUGCAAUCUGGGAUACACAUUGAUCCUGAUGCAUACUACUUGCAGCCGUUUGGAAACACACCAGAGGACACCAAAACACUCCCAUCUACCAUCUACCUCGACAAACAUGAAGUUUUUGAAUUUGCCAUCUCUUUGGAACUUGGUCUAACCCAUAGCAGUGUGGAGAUCGAAGACCUCUAUGCUCUAGUCGAAGUGUCGAACGAUGAUGUGCUUGGAAUCAACACCCAUUACUUUGAGUAUCGGUUGAACAACACAAUCAGAUAUGAGGUCACUUUGUCAGACAAAGGAGCAUUAGAGCUGCAGGCAAGCCCCGGUGUGGAUCUCUAUCCAGCCUCUGUGCUCAUACAUGUGUGGCAUUCUACCUUCUCAUGUUUUAUCAAGGAAGGAGACAUCUUCAAACCCGAGAGCCUGGUUGUGACGGGGCACGGUAAUCAGAAUGAGAACAAAAAAUGGAAGACACGUUUUUGUAACCUGUGUAGUCUCAAUAAUUUAGACUGA